UCUAAUGCCAUACACUCUCCACCGUACCUUCCCCAUGCUCACACUCACACGCAAAGAUAAAAAGCCAGCAAUCAUCACCACCAAAAUCCCCCUUACCAUUUCCCAAGAACCAAAUCCUACACGCCUUUGAGUUUGAGUUUCUUUGCUUCUAGUUCUUGAUCUUUCUUUGUUCCUCUUAACCGAGCCAUGAGAGUACCCGUCACCACACCUCAGACCAACAACAACAACCAAUCUCCAAACCCUAAACCCGAAACCAAUCUGGGAUUCCACACUCCUUCCCGCAUCAAUCCAAACCACUGCUACGAACCAACCUCGGUUCUCGACCUCCGUCACAGCCCGAGCCCGGUGGCGGCAGAUAAUAAGCCUUCGAAAGUUUCAACAAUCUCCGACGUCCUGACUCACCAAAAUCACCAUGAUCAGCCACUGGAGUGGGACGAGCAGGUGGACUGGGACUCCAUCAUGAGAGACUUGGGCUUGCACGACGACUCUGUCCCAAACCUGAAAACUACUACUACUACUACUAACACACACCUGAACCACCACCAUAACGGCGAGCCUCAUUUUCCUCAUCUCCCGGAGUACCCUCACCCUCAGCCAUUCGAUCCCACCCAGCUGGUCCACUCCGAUUUCAACCUCACCGAGGUCUACUCCUCCCAGAAUUUCAGCCACCACAAUCUGAUUUCAUACGACCAGACAGACAUUAGUCCAUCCCUCAACUCCAACGUAGGGUUUGAUUUCAUCGAGGAGCUGAUCCGAGCCGCGGACUGUUUCGACUCAGACGAGCUCAACCUAGCUCAGGUCAUCCUGGACCGGCUGAACCAAAGGCAGCGAUUAUCAUCACCAAACUCAAAGCCGGUCGGAAGGCCUCUGCAGCGAGCCGCGGUUUAUUUCAAAGCCGCCCUCCAGUCCCUCCUGAACAACUCGACCGGCUCAAGUCCAGUCCGCAACCUCUCCUCCUGGUCUGAGAUUGUCCAGACGAUUAGAGCCUAUAAAGGCUUUUCCGGAAUUUCGCCGAUCCCGAUGUUCUCACACUUCACAACUAACCAGGCCCUCCUAGAAGCCCUCAACGGCUCCAGCUUCAUCCAUGUCAUCGACUUCGACAUCGGCCUCGGCGGCCAGUACGCUUCGCUGAUGAAAGAGCUUGCCGAGAAAGCUGACGUGUCGAGGAUCAACCCGCCGGUGCUGCGCAUCACCGCCGUCGUGCCAGAGGAGUACUCCGUCGAGAGCAGGCUGGUGAGAGAGAACUUAUCCCAGUUCGCUCAGGAGCUCAAGAUCAGAUUCCAGAUAGAUUUCCUCCUCGUCCGAACCUUCGAGAUUCUCUCCUUUAAGGCCAUCAAGUUCAUCGACGGAGAGAAGACGGCAGUUCUUCUAUCACCGUACAUCAUGCGCCGCCUCAGCUCAGUCGAUAACGUCGGAGCGUUCCUCGGUGAUAUGCGGCGCUUGUCACCGAGCGUGGUGGUGUUCGUCGACGGGGAGGGGAUGUCGGAGUCGGGAACUACGUCGUUCAGGAGGAACUUCGUCUCGGGACUCGAGUUCUUCUCGAUCAUGAUGGAGACCCUUGACGCGGGAGUGCCGGGAGGAGAGAUGGUGCGAAAGAUCGAGACGUAUCUGCUGAGGCCGAAGAUAGAGGCGGCGGUGGAGGCAGCCAGGAGGAGGGUCCCGCCGUGGCGGGAAGUGUUUCACGGCGCGGGAAUGAGGGCAGUGGAGCUGAGCCAGUUUGCGGAUUUUCAGGCGCAGUGCUUGUUGGGCAAGGUCCAGGUCAGGGGGUUCCACGUGGCGAAGCGACAGGCCGAGCUGGUGCUGUGCUGGCAUGAUAGGGCCCUGGUGGCCACCUCAGCAUGGAGGUGUUAGGGGAUUUAGGGGUUUAGCUUUAGUUGAAAUAAGUAGCUCUUAAUUAAGGAAUUAUGGGUUAUUAUAGUCUCCUGUGUUUUUUUUUUGGUAAUGAUAGUCUCCUGUGUUUAGUAGUGUUAACUAUUGGGGUUUGGGGGAGAUUGGGAUGUAAGUAAGGGGAUCAAUGUAACUUCAAAAAGAUCCAGACCAGUUUGAUAUCAAUGGUUUGGGAUCAGGUCUGUUGGUGCAAGUUUCAUGGUUUUUCUGUAACUUUUUGCUUGUUUUUAUGAACAAAGAUAACAGGCCAGGAAAGCUAAUUAAUUA